AUGGCGGACCCAGCUAGCUUUCCGCCGGGAUACUGGGAAGAGGAUAAUGGUCCUCGGGCGAUUGCUGCCGCAACCACCAUGCUAGUAUUAACGACUUUGCUCUUUUCCCUUCGACUAUACGCUCGAACUUUGACGACAGCUCAGCGGGGUUGGGACGAUCAUGUCCUGAUACCAGCCUACAUCGGGUUGCUCGGCUUAAUAGUCGCUAUCUACAUUGAGGUUAUUUAUGCUGGCCUUGGAAAGCACACGGUUGUCAACCUAACCGAAGACCCCAGCAGGCUGAAGACAUAUCUCCUAUGGCUUUAUAUACUCGACUGGUUCUAUGUGCCUUCCAAUAUGUUAUCUCGCGUAUCGGUCGUCAUUCUGUACCUGCGAAUUUUCACCGAUAAAUGGGCACGAGCAGCCUGCUGGAUAGUCAUGAGCUUUCUGAUUGGUAAUUGCGUUGCGACAAUUAUCACAGCCCAAUUCGAAUGCACGCCCCUCGCUUACACGUGGGAUAAAUCCAUCGAAGGUGGAACAUGCUUCAACCAACUCCUCUGGUACCAAAUCAGCAAUUUUCCCAAUAUUGCCGCAGACGUCAUGAUCAUGAUUUUGCCAAUCAAGACUGUCUGGUCUUUGAAAGCUUCCACUGCAAGGAAAGCCGGCGUUGCCACUGUCUGCCUGACUGGUAGCAUUGGAUUGAUAGCUUCGUGCUAUCGUGCCAGCGUAUUUUAUAACCAGGCCUAUAUUAUUGCAAAUGAUCCAACUUUUACCGAUGCUGGUUUCUCGUGGACGGCGAUCGAAUGUGGCCUCUACUUUUCCGCCGCCUGUUUGAUAGGGAUGCGGCCGCUCUUCAAUCGUCUACCAACUCUCUUUAAAGCGCGUGUCUUUCGAACCACCAACAGGUCUGGAGCGAAUACAGAUCACCAUGGCAGUAUGUCACGUAUCAAUAAGCAUCGGAUCAGCGAGUAUGCAACUAUUCAAGGCGAUGACGAGGUGGACCGCAAAGGCGCUGGCGGAAUCUCACUGCAGACUAUGAUCCCAUCAGCUUACCACUCUCCGAACCUGUCUAGCGGCGAUCAAAAAAGUGACAACAUUCGUGUUGAUACUGAUAUUCAGGUGACGCGGGACUUCGUACAAAACUAUCCCUAA